AUGUCUGGAAUGCCGACCGGCUCCGAGUUCAUCAAGUACUGCACUUGUGAGAGUUGCUCGUACGGCUUGAAGCGACAAUGUGAGGUCCAUCGCGAGCUUUACGAGCACACGCAGGUUGUUGCAACAAUCUUGGCAAAUGGAAGCCAAAAAAUGCUCGCGAUCGGAUACUCAGUGGGACGCCACCGUCACCAUGUUACCUGCCACGCCAGCUUGCUCUGUUACUGGUCCCCAGUCAUCAAGGGCGCCAUCGAACGAUCCGAAAAGCCUGUAUGUGCCUUCUGGAUCCCCUUUGGCGAGAAUGGCCGCAGGGCUAUUAUGAUCUGGAAGCAGAUCGUUCAGUGGUGCUAUUUGGGCAGAUUGAUGGAUCCUUCUGAUUCGAGCGACGCUACCAUUGGCCACGAUAGCGACAUCGAGGCUCUUUGGAAUGCAGCCGUAACCCUUGAGAUGCAUGAGCUUGCCAACUACUGCCUGCGUCUUAUCGUCAUCAAGUACACCUGGGGCCUUGGUGUGCGAAGCGAUGUAGGGCUCGAGUUCAAUCCUCGAGAUUGUCCGUUUGACGCUUCCGGCCUCAAUGAGGUCUUCGUCCAGAAUCAAAGAGGCAUGUACCGCAAGCUACUGACCUUCAUGGAGGACCUGCUGACUGCCCGCGGUCCGCUAACUCCGGGCGCGGUGGACCACGUGAGUCCGGCGGCAAUGCAGAACUGGACUAAUCGCAUGCAUCGCCACCCGAGAUUCUGUCAGUGGAUCAACAGCUUCGGCGGCCUCGAGCACAACAACGAGAACGUGAUCCUCCCCACGCACUUCAACCAGUGGGCCAAGUACAGAGUCCCUGUCGCGCCCAAGGUGCCGGCAAACGUGCAGGACUGGGUGGAUGAGAACAAGGAGCUUCUCGAGAAGCAAGGCGAGAGGAUAACGCUCAUGGGCAUGUGGCAGCGACUGGGAGAGGGAGAGACCGCGUCGGACCACUGGGUGUUCACUCAGGUCCAUCCGCGAAGACCGAUCGGACAGGAGUAA